AAACAAUUGUUGAAUCCAAAGAAUCUUGCAACGCUAUUUUAAUAAAAACUUGGGCGCCCGUGUUAAGCCCCGGCCCAAUCGUUAAACCCAAGGCAACGAUCUUGUUCACCGGCGCCGGCGGGGUACGAACUCAUCUGAAUCUGAGACAUCUUUGGUGCGUUCAAGAUUUCGAGAAUUUGCGUUGUAUUGUACAAGUUUGGUUAUGAAAUUAAGGUAGGCGGUGAAAAUGGAGAGAGUGUUCAGUAAGCUUCGGAAUUUGGACGCUUACCCUAAAAUCAAUGAGGAUUUCUAUAACCGCACGCUUUCCGGUGGUAUUAUUACCCUCGUCGCCUCCGUUAUUAUGCUCGUUCUCUUCGUCAACGAGCUUGGAUUAUAUAUUCACAGUUAUACUGAAACACAGCUCGUAGUAGAUACUUCAAGGGGAGGAAAAUUACAUAUACAUUUUGAUAUCACUUUUCCAGCUGUUCCAUGUUCACUGCUCAGUCUUGACGCCAGGGAUAUUAGUGGAGAAGAACAUUUUGACAUACGACAUGAUAUAUUCAAAAAGAGGAUUGACUCCCAUGGUGCUGUUAUUGAAGUCAGACAAGAUGGAAUUGGUGCUCCUAAGAUUGAGAAGCCUUUACAGAGACAUGGUGGUCGACUUGAACACAAUGAAACAUACUGCGGCUCAUGCUUUGGUGCAGAAACGGCAGAUGAUGAAUGUUGUAAUUCAUGUGAAGAAGUUCGUGAAGCAUAUCGAAAGAGAGGUUGGGGGAUGACAAAUCCAGAUUUAAUCGAUCAGUGUAAAAGGGAAGGUUUUGUCCAGAAGAUCAAGGAUGAAGAAGGUGAAGGAUGUAACAUUCAUGGAUCUCUAGAGGUCAAUAAAGUGGCUGGAAAUUUUCACUUUGCUGCUGGCAAAAGCUUUCACCAGUCAACCUUUCAACUCUUCGAAUUGAUUUCCUUACAAUCGGAUACUUAUAAUAUAAGUCACAGGGUAAAUAAGUUAGCUUUUGGCGACUCUAUUCCCGGAGUUGUAAAUCCACUUGAUGGGGUUCAAUGGACGCAGGAAGCACAGAAUGGAAUGUAUCAGUACUUUAUCAAAGUGGUCCCUACAAUAUUUAAAGGUGUUAGAGGCCGUACUAUUGAUUCAAAUCAGUUCUCAGUGACUGAGCAUUUCAAGGGUUCAGAUUUGGGUCUUUUCCAAUCAAUUACUGGAGUUUACUUCUUUUAUGAUCUCUCUCCUAUCAAGGUGACUUUCACAGAGGAGCAUGUGUCAUUCUUUCAUUUCCUCACCAAUGUUUGUGCAAUUAUAGGAGGUGUUUUCACAGUUGCUGGAAUAUUAGAUGCAUGUAUUUAUCAUAGUCAAAAGGCCAUAAAGAAGAAAGUGGAACUCGGGAAGUUUGGUUAAUCACCCUUGAUGCAGUUACUGCAUAGUGCUGAUGCUUGUUCAUCUGUACUCGGCCCAACAAAAAGGAAGACAUGCAUCAAGUUUCAUAGGGUAAAUUACAUUCAGAAGGGCUGAACUCCACAACUGCAGAAUAUGACUAACUUAUGUAACUUCUGCAUCAUUUUGCUCCAUUUUUCAUAUUUUAGACGAACGAUUUUGGGUAUUGUUGAAAAAGUCGCAAGCCGAAUGUUUCCCAGUAACAGAGUAAAUUCUAAUUUGUGUUACAAGUUGUCUUGUGUCAAUGUGCUACCACAUUGAUUGUAUAAUUAGAUGUCAAACAUGAGCCUGAAUUUUAUAUACUUCUGAUCGGACCAUCAAUUUGCCCUGUGAAA